UCUCUCUAGUUUCAACCUACAAAACAUCAUUUGAAAAAAUCAUCGUGUGUAAGAAGAAUGGUGUAUCUUGGUAUUUUCGUCAAUGCUUGCAUGCGACUAUUGAGCAUAGAAAAGAUAUCAUCUACCAGUUUCCUUAAUUUAAAGGAGAGUAUUUGUAUUUUGGAAACAAACAGUGAUCAUGAAUGAUUUCAUCAGAUGAUUUUUGUGCACUGCUGGGUGGAGAAGGUGAGCUACGUUGACACACAUCCCAAGGCACUUGCCCUAAAUGCAAAGUGAUCUCUGUUGUGGUGGUGCAAACCCACAGUGGCAGUUGCGCUUCGCGCGCUUGGGCUCUUCUCUCGUGGCUGCGUCGUGGUGUUGAUCUUUCGUGCUUUUGAGUAGAGAUGGCCAUUGCACACACGAUGGAGGAGGAGGAUGGGAAUGGACACGGUGGGGAGGAUCUGGACCUCGAAGUAGUCGUGCCAAAGGAUGUGCAGGCUGUCAUGAACGCCGCGGAGGAGGGCGAUGCUGAGGCUCUCACGAUUGCUCUAGAAAACCUUAAAGACGGCGUCGAUUGUGAAGGCGAAGAUGGGGACAGGCCACUUCAUAUUGCCUGUCUUUAUGGCCAUCUGUCUUGUGUACAGAUUCUACUUACAGCUGGUGCAAAUAUCGAAGUUCGAGAUGAGGAUGGAGCACUACCUUUACACGAUGCAUGUGCAGGAGGGUAUAAGGAUAUCGUGAACAUGUUGAUUCACGCUGCUAAUAGUCCAGGGCAGCUGAAACGUGUUUUAGAUUCAUUCGACAUCGAUGGUGAUACGCCCUUGCAUCACGCAGCCAGGGGAAACCACUCAGAUGUUGUGCAGAUGCUUCUUGACUCAGGAGCAAACCCCAAAAUUAUAAAUCUCAUCGGACAGCGCCCUGCAGACUUGGCUGAUCCAAGUUCUCCGUCCCAAAUCCUGUUGAAUGAUGCUGUUAAGAAGCUGAAUGAUGGAACAUCAGAAGCUUAGUGCCAUGAUUUAUUCCUCCCAAUACUUGCAAGAACCUGCAGCUAAUCGGGCUUGAAAAUCUAAGUUUGCUUAUGCUCAGAAGAAAUCAGGGUGACUCUUUUUAUUUGCUUCUCAAUUUGCUAUGUAGAAGCAAAUUGUAGCGGUCAGUAUGUGCCGAUUGCAUUACUACACGUUAUAGGCUUUUAAUGCAAGAGCUCUCUUUGAGUUGAAAUGUCCAGAUCACUGUGAUUGCAGAUCCAACAUAUUGGUGUCUGUUCACUAGUAAGAAGUGGCCUUCGUGUAUGUUCUCUGUCCAGAUGCACACGGCCACCCUCCAAGCGGCUAAAUUUUGUAAGUGUGGGGCGUAGUGAUGGGCAUGGGUAGGGAUGAAGAAACCAGCUAUGUUCCAGCUGUGUCCUACUUUCUUAACAUACGUAGGUGUGCUUUUGUCAUCUUUUGAACCUGGUGACAUUCUGGACAAUGAGUUACCGUACUGGCUGCCCACUGAUCCUGAUGUCACUUAUACCA